UGCUCAGUGCGGCCGCCGCGCCGCCGUCCGCCAACUCCGGAGCUCGCGCUCCCGGGCCGUGGGGGAGAGAACGCCGGCUGCGAGCCGGCGUCGCUCGCCGCCCCCAGACAGUGGCAAACUUCGCGGCGUCCCCAGAGCUCCUCCGGGCGAGGCAGAUACAUCACUAAUAAAAUCAAAUUCAGUGUCCCCCAUCCCAACCCCAAUGAUGGAGGCUGCGGCCGCCGGAGUGACCCCACCGCCGCCGGCCCUUGCCCGAUAGCCAGGGACCAACAGCGCCACAGCGAGCGAGGAGGGGGAGAGAGGGAGUCUGUCUGCAAAGUGCUGCUCCCUGGUGCUCAGAGGCGGCUGCUCCAGCUCCAACUCUCAUUCAUUUCGCCGGUUAACAUGAGAGAUCAUGGCCGCCUUCGGGCUUCUCAGCUAUGAGCAGAGACCGCUGAAGCGCCCCCGGCUCGGGCCGCCCGACGUCUACCCACAGGACCCCAAGCAGAAGGAGGAUGAACUUACUGCCGUGAAUGUAAAGCAAGGCUUCAACAAUCAGCCAGCCUUCACUGGAGAUGAACAUGGCUCGGCCAGAAAUGUUGUAAUCAAUCCAUCAAAGAUUGGAGCUUAUUUUAGCAGCAUAUUAGCUGAGAAACUCAAGCUUAACACUUUCCAGGACACCGGAAAGAAGAAACCACAAGUUAAUGCGAAAGAUAAUUAUUGGCUGGUUACUGCUCGAUCCCAGAGUGCAAUUCAUAGUUGGUUUUCUGACUUAGCAGGAAAUAAACCACUUGCUAUUUUGGCCAAAAAGGAGCUGCCUCUGGCCAAGUCAGGUGUUACUCAGGUUCCCAUCCUUAGUAAAAAAGAGGAUGUCUUUGCAUAUCUAGCUAAAUAUUCUGUGCCCAUGGUUCGAGCAACAUGGCUGAUCAAGAUGACUUGUGCCUAUUAUUCUGCUAUAUCUGAAGCUAAAAUUAAAAAACGUCCGCCUGCUGAUCCCAAUUUGGAGUGGACCCAAAUAUCUACGAGAUAUCUUCGAGAACAGUUGGCCAAGAUUUCCGACUUUUACCACAUGGCCUCCAACAUGGGCGACGGCCCUGUCCCUGUGCCCCCGGAGGUGGAGCAAGCCAUGAAGCAAUGGGAAUACAACGAAAAGCUAGCAUUUCACAUGUUCCAGGAAGGAAUGCUAGAAAAACAUGAAUAUUUGACAUGGAUCCUGGAUGUUUUGGAAAAAAUCAGACCGAUGGAUGAUGAUCUUCUUAAACUCUUGUUACCACUAAUGCUGCAGUAUUCAGACGAGUUUGUUCAGUCGGCCUACCUGUCUCGUCGUCUUGCCUACUUUUGUGCCCGGCGUCUUUCCUUGCUGCUGAGCGAUAGCCCCAACCUCCUUGCUGCCCACUCACCCCACAUGAUGAUAGGACCAAACAACUCGAGUAUCGGGGCCCCCAGCCCUGGCCCCCCCGGCCCUGGCAUGAGCCCCGUGCAGCUGGCCUUCUCAGAUUUCCUCUCCUGUGCACAGCAUGGUCCCCUGGUGUAUGGACUUAGUUGUAUGUUGCAGACUGUCACUCUCUGUUGCCCAAGUGCCUUGGUGUGGAAUUACUCCACAAAUGAAAAUAAGAGCGCGAACCCAGGCUCGCCCCUGGAUCUGCUGCAAGUGGCCCCUUCUAGCCUCCCCAUGCCGGGCGGGAACACGGCUUUCAAUCAGCAGGUUCGGGCAAGGAUUUAUGAAGUGGAACAGCAGAUAAAACAAAGAGGUCGUGCCGUGGAAGUUCGGUGGUCUUUUGACAAGUGCCAAGAGUCAACAGCAGGGGUGACUAUUAGUCGGGUUUUGCAUACACUGGAAGUUUUGGAUCGUCACUGUUUUGACCGAACUGAUUCCAGCAAUUCAAUGGAGACGCUUUAUCAUAAGAUUUUCUGGGCAAACCAAAACAAAGAUAACCAAGAGGUCGCCCCCAACGACGAAGCCGUGGUGACGUUACUGUGUGAAUGGGCCGUGAGCUGUAAACGGUCCGGCAAGCACAGGGCCAUGGCUGUGGCAAAACUCUUGGAGAAGAGGCAAGCGGAAAUCGAGGCAGAGAGAUGUGGUGAAUCAGAAGUCUUGGAUGAGAAGGAGUCUAUUUCUUCAGCCUCUCUUGCUGGAUCUAGCCUGCCUGUUUUCCAGAAUGUUCUGCUAAGGUUUUUAGAUACACAGGCACCCUCAUUGUCGGAUCCAAACAGUGAAUGUGAAAAGGUGGAAUUUGUGAACCUGGUGCUGCUCUUUUGUGAGUUCAUCCGCCACGAUGUCUUCUCCCACGAUGCGUACAUGUGCACCCUCAUAUCUCGUGGAGACUUGUCAGUCACUGCCUCUACCAGGCCUCGGUCACCAGCAGGGGAAAAUGCAGAUGAACACUAUUCAAAAGACCAUGAUGUGAAAAUGGAGGAACAGAGUAUUAUGGCGCAUAUGGGCAUUGACUCAGGAACCACUAACAUUUUUGAUGAAGUAGACAAGAGUGACUUUAAAACUGACUUUGGUUCGGAAUUUCCAAUUUUUUCUCCCAUGCCUGGAGAGUCCUGUGAGAAUGCCAAUACUUCCUUGGGCAGAAGAAUGUCGGUUAAUUGUGAGAAGUUGGUGAAGAGGGAAAAACCAAGGGAAUUAAUUUUUCCAUCUAAUUACGACCUCCUUCGUCACUUGCAGUAUGCAACACAUUUUCCUAUACCUCUGGACGAAUCUUCAAGUCAUGAAUGUAACCAACGCACAAUCCUUCUCUAUGGAGUUGGCAAGGAGCGUGAGGAGGCAAGGCAUCAGCUGAAGAAGAUUACCAAAGAUAUCCUGAAAAUCCUAAAUAAGAAGAGCACCACAGAGACAGGGGUUGGGGAUGAAGGACAAAAAUCCAGGAAAAACAAACAAGAAGCAUUUCCAACACUGGAGACUGUGUUCACAAAACUCCAACUCCUCUCAUAUUUUGAUCAGCAUCAAGUGACAUCACAGAUCUCUAACAAUGUGCUGGAACAAAUCACAAGCUUUGCUUCCGGAACAUCCUAUCAUCUCCCAUUGGCUCACCAUAUUCAGCUCAUCUUUGAUCUCAUGGAGCCAGCACUGAACAUCAAUGGACUAAUCGAUUUUGCAAUACAGUUACUAAAUGAACUGAGUGUUGUGGAAGCUGAGCUGCUCCUAAAAUCUUCCAGCCUGGCAGGAAGUUACACAACGGGACUGUGUGUCUGCAUCGUGGCUGUUCUCAGGAGAUAUCAUAGUUGUCUGAUCCUGAAUCCUGAUCAGACGGCCCAGGUGUUUGAAGGGUUGUGUGGUGUGGUAAAGCAUGUUGUAAACCCCUCAGAAUGUUCUUCCCCUGAAAGAUGCAUCUUAGCCUACCUCUAUGAUCUCUAUGUGUCAUGUAGCCACCUCAGAAGUAAAUUUGGAGACCUCUUCAGUAGUGCCUGUUCAAAAGUAAAGCAAACCAUAUAUAAUAAUGUGAUGCCUGCAAAUUCUAACUUGCGUUGGGAUCCAGACUUCAUGAUGGAUUUCAUCGAGAAUCCCUCAGCCCGUAGCAUCAACUACUCAAUGCUGGGCAAGAUCCUCAGUGACAAUGCGGCCAAUCGCUACAGCUUUGUCUGCAAUACACUCAUGAAUGUAUGUAUGGGCCAUCAGGACGCUGGAAGGAUUAACGACAUAGCGAAUUUCUCCUCUGAGCUGACAGCUUGCUGCACCGUUCUCAGUUCCGAAUGGCUGGGGGUUCUGAAGGCUCUUUGUUGUUCUUCAAAUCAUGUGUGGGGGUUUAAUGAUGUACUUUGCACUGUAGAUGUGAGUGACCUUUCAUUCCAUGAUUCAUUAGCUACUUUCAUUGCUAUUCUGAUAGCACGACAGUGUUUUUCCCUGGAGGACGUCGUGCAGCACGUUGCGCUUCCCUCUCUCCUCGCAGCAGCUUGUGGAGAUGCGGACGCUGAGCCCGGUGCAAGAAUGACGUGCCGACUCCUGCUUCACCUCUUCCGAGCUCCCCAGGCCUGCUUCUUACCUCAAGCAACGGGCAAACCUUUCCCUGGAAUAAGAUCAUCUUGUGAUAGACACCUCUUAGCCGCUGCUCACAACAGCAUUGAAGUGGGAGCCGUGUUUGCUGUUUUAAAAGCAAUUAUGAUGCUUGGAGAUGCCAAAAUUGGCAGUAACAAUGUCAGCUCCUUAAAGAAUGAUGACUUCACCAUGAGAGGGUUACGACGUGAUGGGAAUGCUGAUGAUGUCUGGACAGCCGCACAAAACUCAAAAGCCUGUGGGAAAAGCAUUUCCAUAGAAACUGCUAACUUAAGAGAAUAUGCUAGAUAUGUACUGAGGACUAUCUGUCAACAGGAAUGGGUAGGAGAACAUUGCUUAAAAGAACCUGAAAGAUUAUGUACAGACAAAGAACUUAUAUUGGACCCUGUGCUUUCGAAUAUGCAAGCACAGAAACUGUUGCAGCUUAUCUGUUAUCCUCAUGGCAUUAAAGAAUGUACCGAGGGGGACAACCUGCAGAGACAGCACAUUAAGCGUAUUCUUCAGAAUCUUGAGCAGUGGACAUUGAGACAGUCCUGGCUAGAACUCCAGUUAAUGAUCAAACAGUGUUUGAAGGACCCUGGCUCUGGUUCUGUGGCUGAAAUGAACAACUUACUGGACAAUAUUGCAAAGGCAACGAUAGAGGUAUUCCAGCAGUCUGCAGACCUGAAUAACAAUUCUUCUAAUUCUGGCAUGAGCCUCUUCAACCCAAGUGGCAUUGGAAGUGCUGAUACAAGUAGCACACGACAGAAUGGAAUAAAGACAUUUCUAAGUUCCUCUGAACGCAGGGGCGUGUGGCUGGUGGCCCCCCUCAUCGCCAGGCUGCCCACUUCUGUGCAAGGACGAGUAUUGAAAGCUGCCGGGGAAGAGCUGGAGAAAGGACAGCACUUGGGUUCUUCUUCAAAAAAGGAAAGAGACAGACAAAAACAGAAAAGUAUGUCUCUUUUGAGUCAACAACCUUUCCUCUCCCUGGUACUUACCUGCCUUAAGGGACAAGAUGAGCAACGGGAAGGCCUCCUAACAUCGCUCCAGAAUCAAGUUAACCAGAUUUUAAGUAACUGGAGAGAAGAGCGAUACCAAGAUGACAUAAAAGCCCGGCAGAUGAUGCAUGAAGCAUUGCAACUCCGCCUUAAUUUGGUAGGAGGAAUGUUUGACACGGUGCAGAGGAGCACCCAAUGGACGACAGACUGGGCCCUCCUACUCCUGCAGAUAAUUACUUCAGGGACCGUUGACAUGCAUACGAACAAUGAAUUAUUUACAACUGUUCUUGACAUGCUGGGUGUUUUAAUCAAUGGAACAUUAGCCUCAGACCUAUCAAAUGCCUCCCCCGGGGGAUCUGAAGAGAACAAACGUGCAUACAUGAAUUUAGUAAAGAAACUGAAAAAAGAGCUAGGAGACAAGCGAUCAGAAAGUAUUGACAAAGUUCAACAGUUGCUACCUUUGCCGAAACAGACAUGCGAUGUCAUCACUUGUGAACCUAUGGGUUCCUUGAUCGACACAAAGGGAAACAAAAUUGCUGGAUUUGACUCUAUAGAUAAAAAACAGGGCCUCCAGGUCUCUACGAAGCAGAAGGUGUCCCCAUGGGACUUGUUUGAGGGUCAGAAGAACCCAGCUCCUCUGUCCUGGGCCUGGUUCGGGACUGUCCGAGUGGACCGGAAAGUGAUCAAGUAUGAGGAGCAGCAUCACCUCCUUUUGUAUCACACGCACCCCAUGCCCAAGCCCCGAAGCUACUACCUCGAGCCACUGCCCCUGCCUCCCGAGGAGGAAGAGGAAGAGCCUACAUCUCCAGUCUCUCAGGAACCAGAAAGGAAAUCAGCAGAGCUGUCAGAUCAGGGAAAAACCACAGCUGAUGAAGAGAAGAAAACAAGGGGAAGGAAACGCAAGACGAAGUCAAGCUCAAGAGUUGAUGAAUAUUCACAGAGCAACAUAUACCGAGUGCCUCCUAAUUACUCACCCAUCUCCUCCCAAAUGAUGCAUCAUCCACAGUCCGCAUUGUGGGGUUACAACCUUGUGGGCCAGCCCCAGCAACCCGGCUUUUUCCUGCAGAACCAAUCUCUCACUCCAGGUGGCUCCAGAUUGGACCCUACGGGCUCCUUUGUCCCAACAAAUACCAAACAGGCUCUGUCCAACAUGCUGCAGCGGCGCUCGGGCGCCAUGAUGCAGCCGCCCUCGCUUCAUGCAAUCACAUCACAGCAGCAGCUGAUACAGAUGAAGCUUCUGCAGCAGCAUCAGCAACAGCGGCUUCUCAGGCAAGCCCAGACUCGGCCUUUCCAACAGGACUUCUGUAACUCUGCUGUCUCCCUUCUGGAAGACUUUGACAACAUAAUGGGCCAGCCCGGGGAACAGGCUGCUCUCUUUGCUGCACAAGCACGGCCCUCCCCUCAGCUGCCUCAGUAUCCAGGGCUGCAGCAAGCACAGGCCAUGCCCCAGGGCUAUACAAUGUAUGGAACCCAGAUGCCUUUGCAGCAGACGCCGCAGCAGCAGGCUGGCAGUGUGGUCUUGUCCCCCAGCUAUAAUUCCAGAGCCUACUCAGCCGCACAUUCCAACCCUGCGCUCAUGGAAAGACUCAGACAGAUCCAGCAGCAGCCCAGCGGCUAUGUUCAGCAGCAGGCCUCGCCGUACUUGCAGCCCUUGACUGGCUCUCAGAGACUGAACCAUCAGGCUGUACAGCAGAGUCCUCUGGUAGGCGCAGGAAUGGACGCUGUGCUGACUUCUGCACAUCCAAACCUUCCCUCGGUGCCCCUUCCUCAGGACCCAAUGAGGCCCAGACAGCCACAAGUUCGACAGCAGCAAAGACUCCUCCAGAUGCAGCAGCCCCAGCAGCCCCCCCAGCCCCAGCAGUCCUCACAGCCCCAGAGUCAGACCCUUGGUCUCCAAGCAAUGCAGCCCCAGCAGCCUUUGUUUCCCAGGCAAGGCUUGCAGCAGACCCAGCAGCAGCAACAGACAGCCGCCUUGGUGCGGCAGCUUCAGAAACAGCUUUCUAGUAACCAGCCACAGCAAGGAGUGACUUCCUAUGGGCAUCCUUCACACUUCUGAAUCUGCAAGAGGAGAAGACAUGAAGUCUUGUGUUUGCACUGAAAAAUUGAAAAUCGAAUUUAAUGCAUUAGUCAUCCUUAAAAAUGUCCCUUUGUUCUUUCAUUUCUUUGACAUUUUACCAUAUUUUAUGCUACAUCUCACACAAAGGUGUUUAAACAAAAAGCCAAGGAAAAGUCAUGGUUUGAUUUUUGUCACAUUCAACUUUUAAAGUAGGUUUAAAAAUAUGGAUCAUGCAGGCCAACUUCAGGAAGACUUUGGUAGCAGACCUUUUGAAAUUGGUGCUUUUUUGAAUCUCAUAUUUACAGAAAGAAUGAAUUAUGGUGGAUUUAAAAUGUUUAUCUAUUUUAUUAAUUAAUGGUAAAGUUUUUCUUUUUUUUCCCCCAAACUGUGUUGGACCAAACUACUGAUUUGAAAGGCUUGUCAGAUCUUGACAGGAAAGUGACCCAUUUAUUUUACAUUCACCUAUGAUGGUGAAAUGGACAUUUAUUUGCAUCACUCUAAUUUGAAAUGUUUAAAAUUUCAUAAGCACUUUAUAAACUUUGUUCUUAUUUAUGUAGGACUUUGCUUUUGCUGUGGUCAAAAGGUGCUGAAACAGAUUGUUGCUUAAUACUUAGACUUCUUAAACCAAUAACUUAAACCAAGGUUUUCUCUGAGAGCCUCCCUAAGAUGUGCGGAAGCCUAUUAGAAGUAGCUAUACUCAAAUUUGUUUUCAGUGGCAAGAUCAUUGGCCAGAGUCUCUGUGAAGGUAUAACAUGUAAACUCUAAAGGCCUGAAAGAACCAUAGUGGAAUCAUUCCAAUUAGUUAUUGCCAGUUUUGGUUCUUCUGAACCUUAUGCCAACUUGAUGAAAAAAAAAAAAAAUCAGCAGCUGGCUUGAGAUUCCACAGAGCUCAAACUUGACAUGGUUUCUAAAGAAUCUGGCCCCAAAGUCUAGAAAGCUCUGGUUAUCAUAAAAGGUGUAUUUGCUGUUUAUUUUGUAUGGUAAGUAUUUGCUAUUUUGAAUUUAAUUAUUAAUGUUGGUGUCAGUCUUGGUUGUGUAUUGCAUAUACUGUAUUUAUAAAUUGGUGCAAAAAGCACAAGUAAAUUAUACAUCAAAUUUAUUAUAAAGAAAUAGUAACUAUUUUAACUUUGUUCAAGUAUGUGGUAAUUUGCUCCUAUUAGAGUAAAAAAAAAUACAGUAAAUUAUUAUCAGUUUGUGUAACUUAAGAGUAUUCCAUAUAAUAUUUUUUUAGAUUUAGAUGCAUAAAAUUUUGAAUGUGAAAAUUGCAGGGCAUUUAAAAACAUGUGGGGGAUAUUUUCCCAUGUUCUGUGUUAAUUCAUUUUCUUUUGCCAUAUGAUUUUACAUGUAAUGUAGUCAAGCAUACUGUGAAUAGAUUUGUCUAUAAUGAGCAAAACCAUGUAGAACUACUUUUUUAAAAUGUAGCUAGAACAAUCUUAGUAGACAAUUUCUUUUGCAAAUCAUUAUAUAAAUAAUUUAUCUUCCUAGGUGAGUUACUCAUUGCAAAGUUUGACUCAUGCAAAUGACCUCAAAUACAUGUCAGCUUACUUUGCUGUGGCAACAUCCAUGUGAACUGCUUUGUACACUGUGAAAAUAUUUCACUCCAGCCUGCUCAUUUUGUGUUUACUCUGGGCUGGAAAAGACUUUGCCAAAACAUUAAAGACCAUUCUUUUCACUAAAUUAACAUAGUCUAUCUGCUUUCAGAAGAUGUAUCUGUACAUUUCAGAUGGUUUUGUAUAUCAAGUUUUUUUCCUGUCAAGAAUCAUACUCUUGGAGUUCAUGAAGUUGUUUUUCUUCAAAGUAAUAUCCAUGUAAUGGCUGCAUUGGCAAAACAACCGAAAUGUGAAUGUUGUGCCUAGUGAGUGAGUCAUGUUCCGUCCUUGUUAUAUUUCAAGAAUUAUUGGUAUUUAAAAUGGCAGUUUUCAGUUGAACCAUAUAUUUUUGUAGCUCAACAUUGCAAACAGCAGUAAUACUGUUUCAAGAAUGUUAUAAUUGCAUAACAUUUGUAUGCACUUUAUAUUUUGCAGAAGUUAAUUUAUUAAUCAUUUUGCACAUGAAAGUUGUAGGGUAUUAUUGUUGUCUCUCUUUUUUUUUUUUUUUAGGUGAGGAAGCUAAGGUCAUGGUAAGGCCCUAUAAUUCCAAGAUUCUAUGGAAAGCUGAGGGAAAACUUAAAGCUGUUUUUCCCCUGUGCAUUAUAAAGAAAGCAACUGGAAUUAAUUUAGUCAGUAUAUUUUCUCCCACUUAAUCCUCUAUCUUAAGAGGUUUCUACUUUUUUCUUUUCUAGCAAAUGCAUCAGUUUGCAUUAAAAUGAUCACAUGAGAAGGCCAAGUGGCAGAACCUGGCAAUUUGCUUGGCGAGAUAGAGAAAAAAUUAACCUUAGAAUAAGAUGGAGACCUCACCCAGCUCCCCUUAAAGAUAAGACUUUGACAUCUAAUGGAGUUGGCUGUACUUAAUCACAAAUCUUGGAUCCAAGAAGCCCAUAGACCUACUUGUUUACACUGCAGGCUUGUUCCUAAUAGGUUACAUUUGGCAUUUUAUUUACCCUUAUUGGCCAAGAAGUAAAGGAGAUCACUUUACAGUGAGCACCUUUGACCUUUUGCAGCCACAAGGUCCAACAUCAGAGAUUAGUAGCAAUCAGGUCACCCGUUAGGUGGGACCAGCUGAAAGUUGGUACAAUGAAAACACAAUGCACAAUGAAGGGAGCUCUUCCACAUGUCUCACGUGAUUGGCAGGGGCUAACAUAGCUCUCGGUUUUGUGUCGUGAGAUAGCUAAACAAAACCUAUGGCAUUUUUUUCAUUUAUAAGGCUCCUACAAUUAUUAAAUAGUGAAUAUUUGCAUAGAUGCUAGAGAAAUUACACUGGAAUGUCCCAGUUUCUAGAAUUAGAAAAGAUGAAUCAUAUUAUGUCCACCAAAUUAAUUCAGGUUGAAUUAAGCAUGUAAUAUAAAUAAAUUCAGUGAAUUACAAAAAGCAACAUUUUGUGUUGAGUUGAUCAGAUUUUAAAUACAGUGAAACUUCAUUAUAUAAAAUAGAUCUAGACCCUCCCAUUCUCCCAUCACAUAAAAAAUGAUCACUUAAUGAUAAAAUGCUCAUAAAGCAAUGUUCCCUCAUAAAAUUUUCCUUAGGAACAGCUCUAAACCAGGGGUGCCUGAGCUAGAUUUUAAUGUUAUAAAGAAGUUUCAUUGUAUUUUUAAAACCUUUUUAGUGGAUGUAUUUGGACAAAAAUUACCCCCUUUUCACAUUUUAUGAUGUUGCAGGUAAUUACGUUGCUUUGACAUGUGAAAAAGCCUGCAUUUAUUUUUAAAUGCAGUUAUUAAAACAUUUUUGUAUUCUCCAUCAAUGACAAUUUUCAGUGUGAACAAAUGAAUCAUAAAACAGUUUAGUGCUUAUUUUCUGUAGGUUUUAGCAAAAAAUUUAUAAACCACAAAAUAUUUAUACAUCAAGAUGAUAAAUUUACAUAAAGACUACAAAUUUAAUCUUUUCCAUUGUCUCUGUUCUGAGUGCCAUGCUUGUAACAUUGAUAGAAAGUGGACACUAGGCAACUGGUAGUAAAAUUAAAAAGUCCAUUUUUUACUAAAAAAUUCAGGUACGUUAGCCAUUUGUUAUUUUAUGGUGGACCGUUUUCUCUUAAUGUUCAUUCGUUGGCAAAAUAAAAGUGCCUUAAGUUAAAAAUUUGUUUUGAGAUCCAUUAAAGAAAUCAGUAUCAGUUCAUAAUGCAUUUGUCUUUUUUUGCAUGUCCAUUGUAAAUUUAAUAUUGUAAAUGUAUUCAAAUUCAUUUACAUGCCUAUGGCUGCCUUUGAUUAAACUUCUUCCAAAAAAUAAACUCUGUCCAG